GGCGUGUAAAGUUAACAGUUUCUAGUUUCGAUUUCAAUAUAAACAAUAAUGGCGACUAUAGAAGGAAAUCUCAGCGAAAAUGCGUUUACGUGCUCAAUAUGUUUGGAAGAAUUUCGAAAGCCAAGAUCAUUGCCAUGUGGACAUUCUUUUUGUCACGAGUGCUUGUGCGAAUACUUAAAGAAGUUUGAGGGAAAAUCGGAGAUGCCUUGUCCAUUGUGCCGGAAUGCCACACAUACUGAAACGCCUAUAACGCUAGAUUCUAUCGUACAGUGGGUAGAGAAAUUCCCAUUAUUUGACGUGCUGCCAGGUAACAAGACGAGCAAAAGUGAGUUUUCUUUACCAACGAAACAGUCAUGCCAAGCAUGCGCAAUUGAACAAAAGUCUGUGGAAGCAAAUUUGUAUUGUUUGGACUGUUGGGAACAUUUAUGUAAUACCUGCGCAGAAACCCAUACAAAGUUCAAACUGAACCGAAACCAUAAAAUAUCUAUGUCAGAAAAAGCACCAUCGUCCAAGGUGGUAGAGUUGUUAUUGGAGAUUGGUAGAUGCCCGAAUCAUGAGAACGAAACAGCGGAAUAUAUUUGUAAAGACCAAAACCAACCAUGCUGCGGAAAGUGCGCGAUAACAUCGCAUCGUAAAUGCGAAGAAGUUCUUACAAUAUUUGACGUUGCUAAAGAAAAUAACACGCUCGCUGAUAGAAUUGCAAAUUACACUCAGAAACUUGAGGAAAAAAUGAUGUUGACAUUGGACCUCAGUCACAGAGUAAAAGAAGAGCCUUCACGUAUUGAAUCUUGUUCUGAACGUAUUGAAAAGCAAUUGACUGAAAUUAAAGUGCAGUUAGAUGAAGCAUUUGAACGCCUCAGAAACAAAGUAAUCGGUGAGGUAAUGUCAAUCAAAUCGAAGCUUCUGGAUCAAGCAAAGGGAAAUUUACAGGACGUGUGUGUGAAACUGGAAGAUAUCCGGAGAAAACAGGCCGAGCUUGAAGAUGUUCUUUCUCACGGGAACGAAGUGCAUAAAUAUUUGUACAUGCUCAAGCAGCCACCCGUUGAUGACGUUAAAUUGGGAUGGAGAACUCCAUACACAGAAUACCAAACAGUAUACAAACCAGUAGCAAAGAGAGGUUAUAUGCAAAUCCCUACACCAAUACGCAUUCUUCAAUACGUAGAACUGGGUAUAACAUUCAAAGAGAACACUUCGGUAUCGAGUAUUAUUGAACAAAUAGAUAACCUUUUAAUUGUGGAACAAGACAGGAGGGCGCAUACGAUUUAAAUUGAUAAAUCAGCACGCACAUUUAGUCGCCUUUUCUUAAUAAAUACCGGUAUGCUACAACCUCGCGCUCAUACUACGUGUUUGUCCUGCAAAAGUCGCCAUAACAAUGGCAGUUUAGUAUUGUUUCAUUUCGGCAAAUUGAAAAAACUUUAAAACCAUUUGAUAUGUUGCCUAUUUGCUUCUAUUUAAACUUUUUAAUAUUUAAAAUUAUAUACUUAAGUGACCAAUAAAUGUUAACAGCAUAAUAACUGAUUGCGACCCAGUCACAUAAAUAAUUUCUAUGAAUGCGAUAACCCGUAUUUUGUGUUUUCCCACUACUUUCAUGUAUUAUGUUUUAUAGUAUGUACAUUACUAACCUCUGUUUUAUCACUUACUUUUCACAUGACCUUUUGAUAUGUAUAUUAUAGUGUGGUUAAGACUGACGAUUUACUAUGUACAAGUCGUAAUGCAUAUCUGUUCUGGUCUAUGUCUUUGGGAUCAACAACAUUAUAGUACCAUUAGUACCAUAUACAUGCACAUUCUUGAAUGCAUACUCUAAUUAACUCGAUGGUUACAAAAAGAAAACAUGAUAUGAAUUAAAUGAUUAAAUGAAUUAUGAAUGAUUUAA